AGUUGGACUUGAGCCAGAGCACAGCCUGUUUUCCUCUCCUCUUUUUCUCUUUCCUUUUGCGGGCUACUUUUUCCAAGCACUCUGCAAAACUGCUCUACAAGAACAAAGCCAGUUGCAAGAGAUGAAACCAUUGGAGGAAAAGAUCUCCUUGAACAUUGGGGGUCUCCGGUAUGAGACCUAUGCCAGCACCCUCCAGGCUUUCCCUGGUACCAAGCUAUGCCGCCUGAUGGAGCCCCAGGCAGCCUCCACCUUUGACUACGACCCGGACACCAAGGAGUUCUUCUUUGAUAGAAGUUCCUGCCUCUUUGAGGAGGUGCUCAACUACUACAGAACCAAACAGCUCCACUGCCCUGACCUGACCUGCAAGUCAGCCCUGGACGAGGAACUGGCCUUCUGGGGGCUCAGCAAUGCCCCCCUGGCACCCUGCUGCUGGCAGAAAUUGGCCAUCGCUGAGGGGCAAAAGGAAGAGUACAGCAUCCAAGAGGAAGACCAAGCAGUCACUGGGUUCCUGGACCAGGCGGGAAGGAACCAGAGCGCCUGGAGGGGCCGAUGCCGGACCAGAAUCUGGGCCAUGUUUGAGAAGCCCUUCUCCAGUUUAAGCACAAAGGGCUUGGCUGCUGUGUGUCUGCUCUUCAAUAUAGGGAUAUGCUGCCUUUUUAUUGCCAAAGCUUUUGAAGACACCCAUUUUUUUCAUGUUUACAUUUUGGAAAAUCAAACCAAUCUUACUUCCGCCUUUCACACUGAAGCUGACCAUCCCUUUUACGCAAGGCCCCUUUACCUCCUUCUCUCGGAACUUUUCUGCGUCCUGUGGUUCACGCUUGAAUUAUUUUUGCGACUCCUUUCCUGCCCAAAUAAGAAGGAAUUUCUCCAAAGCCCACUGAAUGUGGCUGACUUCCUUUCCCUCUUCCCUGUUUACAUCGAACUUCCUUUGUUUGGGCAUCCCACAAGCCAUCAGCAUUUGGUAUUCUGGCUGGACUUCUUGCGGGCCUUGUAUUUCUUCAAACUCUUGAAGGUCCUCAAGCUGGUAGAGACUCCUGUGAUGCUGAAAGUGCUCUCUUAUACCUCCAGGGCCCUCAUCAGAGAGACCUUCCUCCUCCUGCUGGUUCUACUCUUUGAAAUCCUUUUCUUUGGUUGUCUCUGUUAUUUUGUAGACAUAAUUGAAGAUAACACAUAUACACAUUUUCUUGACAUCGGCUCAGCUUUCUGGUGGGCAGUGGUCACCUUGACUACAGUAGGUUAUGGAGACAUUGUACCUAUUUCUCUAGUUGGUAAACUGAUUGGAGCCUGCACAGCACUAUGUGGUAUCCUCACCAUUAUCAUCCCAAUUCCCUUCUUCUGUAUCAAAUUCCAAGGCUAUUAUGAUGCGGUCAUGAUCAAAGAGAAGAGAAAGAGACAAACGGUCACCUUGCCAUCAUGAUGGAUGGGCUGGAUGCUUCCAGUCUUUCAUCGGGAAAAGAUGUGUACUUCCAAACUGCUUCUGCUCCUUCCAUCCUGUCAUGCGUUAAUGCUUUCAUAAAGCCACUCUCAGUCUGCUCCUGGAACUUCUCCACAAUGGACAUGAUCAUCUUCACGAAAGUCUUAUUUUCAAAAGGUUUCAGAAUAAUUUUGAAAAAGUUCUUGCUUCCAACUAAGCCGGCAAAUAGCAGCCUCUUUCCCACUACAGACUUAUUUAGACUUAUAUACUGCUUCAUAGCACUUCACAGUCCUCUCUAAGUGGUUUUCAGAGUCAGCAUCUUGCCUUCAACCAUCUGGAUCCUCAACAUUUUACCCACCUCGGAAGGAUGGAAGGCUGAGUCAACCUUGAGCCGGUGAGAAUCGAACUGCCAAACUGCUGGCAGUAAGCAGAAUUAGCCUGCAAUACUGCAUUCUAACCACUCUGCCACCACAGCUCUAUCUAGGCCAGGGGUGUCCAAACUUGGUCCCUUUAAGACUUGUGGACUUCAACUCCCAGAGUCCCUCA